AUGAAGUCGUUUAACUUAUUUGCACUUUUCUUGAUCAUUCUUACGAUUUUUUGUGCCGUUGAUUCUGCAGUCAUUGAUCACGAAAAAAUACAAAAUCACCGAAACAUUAUUAUUAAGCGUGGUUUUGAUAACAAAAUUAAUUAUGCAUUUUGUAAAUUUCGCGUCUAUAAAGAUGGAAAACCUUUUACAAGCGAAGUUGGGCCUUCUAAAGAAAAUGAAGAGGAGGACAAAUCUUCUAUAUUUAAGUGUCCUCUUCUUCCUAUCGAUAAAGACAAUGAAGAUCUAACGCCUGUCGGUAAAUGCAAAGAAGGAAAGUUUGUUCCUGAAGAGGAAGAAGGGAAACUUGCUCCCGAAAAAGAAAAUCCUAUUUCCGAAGAAAAAGAAAAUCCUAUUUCCGAAGAAAACGAAAAUCCUAUUUUCAAAGAAGAAAAGCCUGUUUCAGAAGAAAAAGAAAAACCCAGUUGCGAAGAAAAAGAAGAUCCUAGUUCCGAAGAAAAAGAAAAUCUUAUUUCCGAAGAAAAAGAAAAUCCUAUUUUCAAAGAAGAAAAUCCUAGUUGCGAAGAAAAAGAAAAUCCUAGUUGCGAAGAAAAAGAAAAUCCUAGUUGCGAAGAAAAAGAAAAUCCUAAUUCCGAAGAAAAAGAAAAUCCUAGUUCCGAAGAAAAAGAAAAGCCUAGUUCCGAAGAAAAAGAAAAACCUAGUUCCGAAGAAAAAGAAAAUCCUUGUUCCGAAGAAAAAGUAAAUCCUAAAAAAGAAAAUCCUAGUUCCGAAGAAAAAGAAAAUCCUAGUUCCGAAGAAAAAGAAAAUCCUAGUUCCGAAGAAAAAGAAAAUUCUAGUUCCGAAGAAAAAGAAAAUUCUAUUUCCGAAGAAGAAAAUCCUAAUUGCGAAGAAAAAGAAAACCCUAUUUCUGAAGAAAAAAAAAAUCCUAGCCCCGAAGAAAAAGAAAAUCCUAGUUCCGAAGAAAAAGAAAAUUCUAUUUCUGAAGAAAAAGAAAAUCCUAGUUCCGAAGAAAAAGAAAAUCCUAGUCCCGAAGAAAAAGAAAAUCCUAGUUCCGAAGAAAAAGAAAAUUCUAUUUCCGAAGAAAAAGAAAAUCCUAUUUCUGAAGAAAAAGAAAAUCCUAUUUCUGAAGAAAAAGAAAAUCCUAGUUCCGAAGAAAAAGAAAAUCCUAUUUCCGAAGAAGAAAACCCUAUUUCCGAAGAAAGUUGUAUUUCUGAAAAAAAGGAACCUAUUUCUAAAGAACUUAUUUCCGUGGAAGAAGAACCCAUACAGUCUCUUCUAAACGCUCCCGAAGAUAAUAAAUUUGAAUAUUGA